UUUCAAGAUAUUAUAUUGUAUAUCCUAUAAAGUUAGGUAUAUUACUGUAACUCUAAAUUCUUUUAAAGAUGUCUGUAGCAGUAGGUGAGGAAGCUGGUGAAGAUCCUAAGGAGGAACAGAAGGAGUCAGAGGAGAUCCCAGCUAAGCAGAUAGACUCCCCUAGCUCAACUCCUAAGAUAGUGCCGGUUUCUUUACACGAUGCUUCGCUCCAGGCACUCCUCUCCUGCGCUCCCCUCAUAUCACCUGUACUUUCUAACUCCUCCAAAACUGUCGCCUCCUCUUCUAGCUCAUGCCAUUCCCAAGAGACGUCGCCUACAACUAUGCGACAUCCCUUCUGCGUAGACAGGUCCAUACUAGUUCGACCACCCAGAAGCUUUUCUCACAAGAGAAACAAGUCUGCCCCGAUCUGGUUGCACAGGUCAAGUUCGGUAAAACUCCUACCAGAAGGUGUGGAGAGCAUGCAACGGAGAAGUUCUUUCGACGAGCUUUACAACCAAGAGGACUCACCGUCCCUACCUCUGAAGCUGAGCAGCGCUGCCAGUACCGACGAGGGAGUCUGGACCAGCUGUUACGAGAGUGGCAGUGCCAGUACACCUAGUACUGAGGACAAACUGGACGAUAACACCAACAGUAUCUCCAGCUGUGUUAAUUCAAGUGAUCUAGAUGAGGCUUACAACACGGAAUCAUCCUCUCUCGAAUUUACUGGUUACCCAGGUCUGGUGAGCAGUAGAACGUGGAUAGAAGUCCAGGAGGAACAAACUAAUAGUAACCUUGUGUCUGUCAAAGUCGGGUCUAAAUCUUCGCACGUGGUACACUUUAGUGUAAAAGCUGGCGAUGUCAUUACUUGGGAAUUUGCUACCCUGAAACGAGACAUAGGAUUUGGAAUUCUGUUUGAGUGCUCAGUGGUAGAAGAAAAGAAAUGUGAAGAUGGCGAGCUCACAGAUGUGGACUCGAUAACGUCAGGGUAUGGCGUUAUACCCAUUCUUCCCAUCUUCAAAGUCAAGUCCAACAUUUCACCGAUAUUUGGUAGUCACGAGGCAGUCACGGACGGUGUUUAUGUAAUGACAUGGGACAACUCCUACUCAAGGUUCUUCGCAAAGGAUCUGUACUAUCGAAUAAGCACCCAAACAGAGAUAUGCACCUCGGAAUUCCCCCACGGUAUAAUCAGUUUCCAGCACAGUGCAGCGUACCCCGCACUGGAGGAGGUAGAAGAGAGUAACUCCUCUCACAUCAGUUCCGGAAGUGAUGCGAACGAGCACACACUCUGCGAGAGCAGUGAUGAGCGAAACGUCGUCAUGACCACCGUCAUAACGCAAAAUCAUGUGGAUGAAGCGAAUACCGUUUAUUUCGAUGUAGCCAAACACUCCUCCACCAACGACAUACACGACAUUUGAACAACGAAAGUUGUGGAAUGUGCCGUAUCGUUACUUUUCUGUGGGUUGUUUAGUCCGUUCCUUGCAAUCAGUCUCCGAAUAACAGACUUUUACCUUCUUCAUUUUCACAUAGAUGUAUAGAUACUUUGCCGAAAAGGCAGGGAAAACUGUGAUCAUUUGGGGAGAUGCACUAUGUUUGAUUAAACUUCAAGGAAUCGUAUACAUCAAACCUGAAGACAAUUAUUGAUAAUCAAGAACAACAAACACCGGUCACCUAUUGUGGUAUAUUAAUGUGAUAAUCAUUUCAUGUAACCACAACGACAUCCUCUUGUCACUCAGAAAGAAAAAAGACAAUAUAGAUUCAUUUCAUUAUUUUAAGUUAGGGCGUAUUAAUUUGCUCUAUCUCAAAUUUAUUCACUCAUUGGCCGUGUCUUGAUCGACAUCUGUCAAAAUUAUGUACUAUAAAAAUGAAACUUAAACCAUAAUAAAAUAAUAUUACGUUUUGGUUAAUCAAUAAUUAAUACAACAAUUUAAAGCUUAUUGCGCUGUUAGCCAUUUAAGUUAGCGGGGUUAGUUACGUUGAAUUUGUAUUCAUUGCUUGAAAUGUUUUGAUUACUUGGUCAAUUUAAGUUACAAUCAGACUGAAUAGUCAUCUAAUGAAGAGGGAAGGCUGUAGAUAAUUUGCUGUACUGUAAAACAUCGUUUGCGCAUUUUGUUUAAUUAUACAACAACAAGUGAUGAUAAAUGAGUUUAUGUUCCAUUUGAGUUUAUAAAGGCUGGAAAUACCAUGAACAAAAUAGCGAGAAGAUGUUUUACAGUAUUAUCCAACCUCGUUGUGUCUUGUAUAAAAAUGAAAUUGUUUUUUUUUCUGAGUUUCGUUUCGUGUGAAUUUUCGUAGAGACUAAUUUAAUUGA